AUACACCAGGCUCACACACACAUAUCGCACAGCAGCACAGCGCUGCCAACUGACUGUGACCUGCCAACCAACCGGUAGCUAGCCAUGUGCUCCAUCAUGUGACCCAUGCCAUCCCGCCCACUCCUCUCUCACCGUACCGUGACGUGGCGGGGCGAUGCGGCGUGACGCGGGGGGCGUACUCCGGUAGCACAGCAGGACACAGGAGGCCGCUGUCAGACAGACAUGGAGGGUCGCUACAACCUGAAGAGCCCGGCGGUUAAACGACUGAUGAAGGAAGCUGCAGAAUUGAAGGACGCAACUGAUCACUACCAUGCUCAGCCUCUAGAGGAUAAUCUUUUUGAAUGGCACUUUACCGUUAGGGGCCCUCCAGAAUCUGAUUUUGAUGGUGGCGUUUACCAUGGCAGAAUUGUCCUUCCACCAGAAUAUCCUAUGAAACCUCCAAGUAUCAUUUUAUUAACGGCUAAUGGUCGGUUUGAAAUUGGAAAGAAAAUUUGCUUAAGUAUUUCUGGUCAUCAUCCUGAAACAUGGCAACCAUCUUGGAGCAUACGAACUGCUUUGUUGGCUAUAAUUGGAUUCAUGCCUACCAAAGGGGAAGGUGCCAUAGGUUCUCUGGAUUACACACCUGAAGAAAGGAAAGCACUUGCCAAAAAGUCUCAGGACUACUUCUGUGAAACAUGUGGGAUGAGCAUGAAAUCUGCUCUGCUCCCAUUGAAUUCAGAAUCCAGCUGUGAUGACCGAGAAGCCCGGGAACUUGCUAGACAAAUCAGCUUUACGGUAAACCCUCCAGGAGGUUCUCGAGCAGAAGGAAAUGUCUCCAGUCAGCCACAGAAGCCACCUGGAGCAGAUCAGUUGUCGGACACAACUUCUCAGGUUGAGGCUCAGUAUGUGGAAGCCACCCAUGGUGAAGAAGCUGCACAGCCUGCACCCGCUCUAAAUGUCUCAAGGAGUCCAAGGCAGCGACGUGUAGCACAAAGUAAUAACCUUCCCUCUCCAAGUCUCAUCCAGGUACAGCAACAUGCCGUCAAUGGAAGCAGCACUGGAUCCGUACUGCUGAUAAUUGUUCUGACCUUAGCAUUUGCAGCACUUUUUUUCCGCAGAAUAUAUCUAGCCAAUGGCUACAUUUUUGACUAUGAACUAUAAAGUUUGGUUGGUUCUGCAAGGAACUGACAGGAAUGCCUCAUUAAACCAUGUAUAUCAGGUAUGCGUAGACAACUGUUUACAGCAAUGAUUAUUUGCAUUUAACUUGCUGUCUGCUUGAAUGACUGACUGUUUAAGGCAGUGGUCAGGGAACAGUGGUAAAUUACCCCAAAUGGGGUGAAAAUGAAAUUCCUGGGGGUAAUGGACGGUCACGCUGCCGAGACACAACCCAGUUCAGCACUGGCCGGCUCGCGAUGUGACAUGCUGACGUCACACCGCGCUCCCUCCUGCCUGCCCUGUGCUUCUGGUCGCCCUGUGCUGUAUUCCUGCCGCGCUCCCUCACGCCCGCCCUGUGCUGUCCUGUCCUGCGGCCCGCCAACCCACACACACAACUUGAAGUGUUCCGUGGCUGACCGCUGACGGAGUUCCGCAGGAUCGGACAGUGUCCCACAUAACAGUGGGAAAUUCCCACUGACAUUACUGAGGUGAGGAUGUGACCAUCUGUCUUCUAAAAGUCGUCCCACCCCCCCUUUUUCCCCUCAUCCAUCUUUCUUACAUUCAUUCUGGUGUUUUGGGGAGAAAGUGUUAAUGAACCCAUUUAUUGCCAAAAAAUAAUUGGCGGAAAAAUAAUGUAUAUAUGCACAAUAAUAUAUGAUUUCCUUCCUUUCGAAUCAAGGGGGUAACGUCGGCGUAUCUAAAUAUAUUUUGGGGUAAAAGGUAAAAAAGUUCCCUGACCCCUGGUUUAGGGCAUACUGUGGCAUUGUUGCAGGAGUUUAGUAAUUCUGCUAACUGAAUGACCUUUUUGUCUGAUUUAUCUGUGUGAGAAACUGGGAGUAUUUAAAGUAGUAAUUUAAAUAUGUACAUGCUUAUGUUAUGUAUUUACUGACAGGAAUGGGUAUUACACAAAAAUAUAAACUCUGUUGCAUACUGCAUGUCCAGUUGUACAGAGGAACACUACCGCACUCCUGCUGUGGAUAAAAUUAUAGAAUUAUCCCGAAAUUUAAUUUUUCUUCACUGAGGGACAUAAAAGCUUUCUGUCUGGUCUUCUUAAAUUCAGUAGCUUUCCCAGGGAUGAGUUAAUUUUAGACACAUGAUUAAAAGAAAUAAAUGUAGAUUGUCAGAAGGAUUAUCCAUCUAUAUGGCCUCCAUCAUGCUGAACAUCAAUGUGCUAAAACAUUGCUUCAGCAUUCCUGAUAUUGAAAUGUAGGCACAAUGGCUACCAAGGGCCACCCAUGAGGCUCCCUUUUCUAUUUGAUAUUAGAAUGUGGGGUGGAAUUUUCCACAUUCUAACUGGCUGAGGUAAAUGAUGACCUUGAACACAGUAGGUUAGUGAAUUACCAACUAAUUCUUUCUUGAUUCAAGCAUUGUGGCGGUCAGAUGUUGCAAGGCAUCCCUGUACCCCUGGCUGACCGGAAAACCUGUGCAAGAGAAGAUUUGUAUAUUUUAGAAAUAUAUAAUUGGUUGUAUUUAUAUGCACACAACGUAAUCAUGUCCUCGGGUAUUUCUGCCAUAUCCAGGAACAGUAACGAUUUUAGCGCUUUAGUGUGUCUUCUGAGGUCUGUGCCUAGAGAUGGUGACCGAAAGGGACAUAUCUGCAUUUUAAGAAAUGUUGAGUCAAAGUAUAUAAUGUAUAACUUUUUUUUCUCUGACGUCCUAGUGGAUGCUGGGAACUCCGUAAGGACCAUGGGGAAUAGACGGCUCCACAGGAGACUGGGCACAUCUAAAGAAAGAUUUAGGACUAUCUGGUGUGCACUGGCUCCUCCCCCUAUGACCCUCCUCCAAGCCUCAGUUAGAUUUCUGUGCCCGGCUGAGCUGGAUGCACACUAGGGGCUCUCCUGAGCUCCUAGGAAGAAAGUAUAUGUUAGGUUUUUUAUUUUCAGUGAGACCUGCUGGCAACAGGCUCACUGCACCAAGGGACUAAGGGGAGAAGAAGCGAACCUACCUAAGUGGUGGUAGCUUGGGCUUCUUAGGCUACUGGACACCAUUAGCUCCAGAGGGAUCGAACACAGGACCCGACCUCGUCGUCCGUUCCCGGAGCCGCGCCGCCGUCCCCCUUACAGAGCCAGAAGCAAGAAGGUGGUCCGGAAAAUCGGCGGCUGAAGACUUCUGUCUUCUCCAAGGUAGCGCACAGCACUGCAGCUGUGCGCCAUUGCUCCUCAUGCACACCACACACUGCGGUCACUGAUGGGUGCAGGGCGCUGGGGGGGGGCGCCCUGAGCAGCAAUAUUAACACCUUGGCUGGCGAACUGACACCAUAUAUAGCCCCAGGGGCUAUAUAGGUGUUUAUUAACCCCUGCCAGAACUUUUACAAUAGCGGGAGAAAGCCAGCCGAAAAAGGGGCGGAGCCAUCUCCCUCAGCACACUGGCGCCAUUUUCCCUCACAGCCCCGCUGGAGGGAUCGCUCCCUGGCUCUCCCCUGCAGUACUGCACUACAGAAAAGGGUUAAAAAGAGAGGGGGGGGGGGGGCGGCACAAAUUAGGCGCAGUAUAAAUAUAUUAUGCAGCUAUAAGGGAAAAACACUCUGUAUAGUGAUAUCCCUGUGGUAUAUAGCUCUCUGGUGUGUGCUGGCAUACUCUCCCUCUGUCUCCCCAAAGGGCUUUGUGGGGUCCUGUCCUCUGUCAGAGCAUUCCCUGUGUGUGUGCUGUGUCGGUACUGCUGUGUCGACAUGUAUGAUGAGGAUAAUGAUGUGGAGGCGGAGCAAAUGCCUGUGAAUGGGAUGUCACCCCCUUGCGGGGUCGACACCGGUGUGGAUGGACUUAUGGAAGGAAUUACGUGACAGUGUCAAAUCCUUACAUAAAAGGUUUGACGACAUAGGACAGCCGGCUGCUCAGCUUGUGCCUGUCCAAGCGUCUCAAAUGUCAUCAGGGGCUCUAAAACGCCCGCUACCUCAGAUGGCAGACACAGAUGUUGACACGGAUACCGACCCCAGUGUCGACGACGAUGAGACUAGUGUACCUUCCAAUAGGGCCACCCGUUACAUGAUUGAGGCAAUGAAAAAUGUAUUACACAUUUCUGAUAAUACCCCAGGUACCACAAAAAAGGGUAUUAUGUUUGGUGACCGAAAACUACCAGUAGUUUUCCUGCAUCUGAGGAAUUGAUAUGAGGUGUGUGAGGAAUUGUGGACUUCCCCCGAUAAGAAAUUGAUAAUUUCUAAGCAGCGUACCCUUUUCCGCCAGAGGAUAGGUCACGUUGGGAAAUACCCCCUAGGGUAGAUAAAGCGGUUACACUCUUAUUAAAAAAGGUGGCACUACCGUCUCCGGAUACGGCCGCCCUGAAGUACCUGCUGAUAGAAAGCAGAAAACUACCCUUAAAGCUAUAUACACACACACAGGCAUUAUAUUGAGACCUGCUAUUGCCUCGGCAUGGAUGUGCAGUGCGGCAGCUGCGUGGUCAGAUUCCCUGUCGGAUAAUAUUUAUACUAUAGAUAGGGACAAUAUUUUGCUGAAAAUAGAGCAUAUAAAAGACGCUGUCUUAUACAUGCGUGAUGCACAGAGGGAUAUUUGCCGACUGGCAUCACUAAUAAGCGAUAUGUAAAACCAUUGCCGCCAGACGGGGGUUAUGGACUCUGCAAUGGUCGGGCGAUGCCGAUUCAAAACGGCACAUGGCAGUUUGCCCUAUAAGGGGGUGGAACUGUUUGGGGAUGGUCUUUCAGACCUCGUUUCCACAGCUACGGCUGGGAAAUCAAAACUUUUGCCACAAGCUACCCCACAGCAAAAGUAAGCACUGUAGUAUCAGGUACAGUCCCUUCGGCCCCAGAAAAGUAGAGGACUAGAGGCUCAUCUUUUCUGCCAAGAGGAAAAGGUAGAGGGAAAAAGCUGCAGCACACAGCUAGUUCCCAAGAGCAGAAGUCCUCCCCUGCGUCCGGUAAGUCCACAGCAUGACGCUGGGGCUGCUCAGGCGGACCCGGGUACGGUGGGGGCCCCUCUCAGAGAUUCAGCGCACAGUGGGCUCUCUCACAGGUGGAUCUUUGGGUUCUUCAAACAGUGUCUCAGGGGUACAGGCUGAAAUUCGAGACGUCUCCCCCCCGCCAUUUCCUAAAAUCUGCCUUACCGGCAACUCCCUCUGCCAGGGAGGCAGUGUUGGUGGCUAUCCAAAAACGGUAUUCACAGCAAGUGAUUAUCAAGGUACCCCUCCUUCAACAGGAAAAGGGUUACUUUUCCACAAUGUUUGUGGUACCGAAACCGGACGGUUCGGUGAGACCCAUCUUAAAUUUAAAAUCCUUGAACACGUAUAACAAAAGAUUCGAGUUCAAGAUGGAAUCGCUCAGGGCGAUUAUUGCGAACCUGGACGAGGGGGAUUACAGGGUCUCUCUGGACAUAAAGGAUACUUACCUGCAUGUCCCCAUUUGCCCUCCUCACCAGGAGUACCUCAAGGUUGUGGUACAGGACUGUCACUAUCAGUUCCAGAUGCUGCCGUUUGGAUUAUCCACGGCACCGAGGGUCUUUACCAGGGUAAUGACCGAAAUGAUGAUACUCCUUCGCAAGAAGGGAGUUUAAUUAUCCCGUACUUGGACGAUCUCCUGAUAAAGGCGAGCUCCAAGGAACAGUUGGUAAGGGGGUAGCACUUUCUCGGAAAGUGCUGCAACAGCAGGGCUGGAUUCUCAAUUCCAAAGUCACAGCUGGUCCCGACGACACGUCUUCUGUUCCUGGGAAUGAUUCUGGAAACAGACCAGAAAAAAGUGUUUCUUCCAAUGGAAAAAGCCGAGGAGUUGUCAUCUCUAGUCAGAAACCUCCUAAGACCGGGACAGGUGUCGGUACAUCAAUGCACACGAGUCCUGGGAAAAAUGGUAGCUUCGUACGAAGCAAUUCCAUUAGGAAAGCUCCACGCAAGGAAUUGCCAGUGGGACCUGUUGGACAAAUGGUCCGGGUCCCAUCUCCAGAUACAGCAGCGGAUAACCCGGUCGGCAAGAACCAGGGUGUCGCUGCGGUGGUGGCUGCAGAGGGCUCAUCUACUAGAGAGCCGCAGAUUCGGAAUACAGGACUGGGUCCUGGUGACCACGGAUGCCAGCCUUCGGGGCUGGGGUGUAGUCACACAGGGAGUGAAAUUCCAAGGACUGUGGUCAAAACAUGAGAUUUCACUUCACAUAAAUUUUCUGGAGCUAAGAGCUAUUUACAAGGCCCUAAUCCAAACAAGGCCCCUGCUUCAAAACCAGCCGUACUGAUCCAAUCAGACAACAUCACGGUGCUCGCCCAUGUAAACAGGCAGGGCGGCACAAGAAGCAGGAGGGCAAUGGCAGAAGCCACAAGGAUUCCUCGUUGGGCGGAAAAUCAUGGGGUAGCACUGGCAGCAGUGUUCAUUCCGGGAGUGGACAACUGGGAAGCAGACUUCCGCAGCAGACUCCACCCGGGAGAAUAGGGACUUCAUCCAGAAGUCUUCCAAAUGCUGGUAAACCGUUGGGAAAGACCACAGGUGGACAUGAUGGCGUCCCGCCUCAAUAAAAAAGAUAUUGCUCCAGGUCAAGAGAACCUCAGGCGAUCGCUGUGGACGCUCUAGUGACACCACGGGUGUACCAGUCGGUUUAUGUGUUCCCUCCUCUCCCUCUCAUACCCAAGGUACUGAGGAUAAUAAGAAAAAGAGGAGUAAGAACUAUACUCAUUGUUCCGGAUUGGCCAAGAAGGGCUUGGUACCAGGAACUUCAAGAGAUGAUCUCAGAGGACCCAUGGCCUCUGCCACUCAGACAGGAUCUGCUGCAGCAGGGGCCCUGUCUGUUAAAAGACUUACCGCGGCUGCGUUGACGGCAUGGCGGUUGAACGCCGGAUCCUGAGUGAAAAAGGCAUUCCGGAGGAAGUCAUUCUUAUCCUGAUCACAGCCAGGAAGGAUGUCAGCCUGAAGUUCAGACGUUGUAAGGGAGUGCUGCAUAUUCAGCCCCUUUUUGUGCCCCAGUGGCACCUUGGGAUCUCAAUGUGGUUUUGGAGUUCCUGGAAUCACAUUGGUUUGAGCCACUUAAAACCGUGGAUUUGAAAUAUCUCACAUGAAAAGUGGUCAUGUGUUUGCUCUGGCUUCGGCCAGGCAUGUGUCAGAAUUGGCGGCUUUGUCAUGAAAAAGCCCUUACCUGAUUUUCCAUAUGGAUAGGGCAGAGCGAGGACUCGUCCUCACUUUCUCCCGAAGGUGGUAUCAGUCUUUCACUUGAACCAACCUAUUGUGGUGCCUGCGGCUACUAGGGACUUGGAGGAUUCCAAGUUACUGGACGUAGUCAGGGCCCUGAAAAUUUAUAUUUCCAGGACGGCUGGAGUCAGGAAAACUGACUCGAUGUUUAUCCAAGAUGCACCCAACAAGCUGGGUGCUCCUGCUUCUAAGCAGACUAUAGCGCGCUGGAUUUGUAGCACUAUUCAGCUUGCGCAUUCUGCGGUGGACUACCGCAGCCUAAAUCUGUAAAAGCCCAUUCCACAAGGAAGGGGGCUCAUCUUGGGCGGCUGCCCGAGGGGUCUCGGCUUUACAACUUGGCCGAGCUGCUACUUGGUCAGGGGCAAACACGUUUGCAAAAUUCUACAAAAUUGAUACCCUGGCUGUGGAGGACCUCGAGUUCUCUCAUUCGGUGCUGCAGAGUCAUCCGCACUCCCCGCCCGUUUGGGAGCUUUGGUAUAAUCCCCAUGGUCCUUACGGAGUUCCCAGCAUCCACUAGGACGUCAGAGAAAAUAAGAUUUUACUCACCGGUAAAUCUAUUUCUCGUAGUCCGUAGUGGAUGCUGGGCGCCCAUCCCUAGUGCGGAUUGUCUGCAAUACUUGUACAAAGUUAUUGUUACAAAAAUCGGGUUGUUAUGGCGAGCCAUCUGUUCAGAGGCUCCAUUUGUUUUCAUACUGUUAACCGGGGUUCCUAUCACGAGUUAUAUGGUGUGAUUGGUGUGGCUGGUAUGAGUCUUACCCGGGAUUCAAAAUCCUUCCUUGUUGUGUCAGCUCUUCCGGGCACAGUGUCCUAACUGAGGCUUGGAGGAGGGUCAUAGGGGGAGGAGCCAGUGCACACCAGAUAGUCCUAAAUCUUUCUUUAGAUGUGCCCAGUCUCCUGCGGAGCCGUCUAUUCCCCAUGGUCCUUACGGAGUUCCCAGCAUCCACUACGGACUACGAGAAAUAGAUUUACCGGUGAGUAAAAUCUUAUUUUUUUUAAAUUUAAACUCGUCUUCAAAAUAUUAAAAAAUGUUCUAGGGAAACUUUAGGGGGGAUUUCAAUUCUAGGUGGAGAGUGUGAAGUGACAAUGCCACAGCCUUAAAAUGCCGCCAAUGGCACCGUAUCUCGCUUCCCUCACCAUCCCCGGCCAAAUCCCAAUUUUGCUCAGUGCUUGUUACCUUAUGGGGCUGCAACCACUUUUGUGCGAGAUCGGGCUGCUGUACAAUGCGGCUAUUACUGUGAUGAUUUGUGCGAUCAGAUGUCUUCGUCUGGAAUUGAAUUUCACACUUUAACUAAAUUUUGGCCUGAUAAUUGAAAAAAAGCUUAGCUGUGACAUGAGUUGUUUUUAGGAAUGGGGCCAGUAAUAUAUAAAGAAAUACUGUAAUUACUUUUGUGGACAUAAGUUUCAUGUAGCCUUGUUAUAUUUUCAGAUGUAUAUCUUGCUUUUUUAAUUAAAAAUAAUUACUCAAGA